AUGACAUCACCCUUUGAAGUUCCUGAGCCUGAGAGCAACACAGUUCAGAUAAUUGCCGGGUCGAUAUCGGCUGUGAUUUUACUGCUGUUCCUUCUAAUCUUUGUGGUCGUAUGGAGGAGCCGGUCUUCACGCAAAUCAAGCCGGUCUUCUGACAUCCCAUUAAAGCCUCAGAUUGGACCAGGAAAGAAGAAAGAUAUUCCUGUUGAUAAUCUCUUGGACGUUGUGAAGAGAUUCCGGAAGAUGGAGACAGCGGACACCAAUGAUGAGGAUGAGAAUUCAGCAAUUUUAUUUGUGGGGCUUUACCAGGAGUAUCAGGAACUUCCAGGCGGCUGGAUGUACCCCUGCACUGUGGCCCUAUCCCAGGAAAACCAAGCUAAGAAUCGCUACAAGAAGGUUCUGCCAUAUGAUGAUUCUCGUGUGGUGUUGAGGUCCAAUCACUCCAGAUCAGAUUAUAUAAAUGCCUCCUAUAUUGAUGGUUACAAGGCACCAAAAUUCUACAUAGCAACCCAAGGCCCCAUCCCAGAGACCUUGUCUGACUUCUGGAGCAUGGUGUGGCAAGAGAACUGUUCUGUUAUUGUGAUGCUGACUGGGCUGGAGGAACAAAACAAAGUAAAGUGUGAGCAAUAUUGGCCAGAACAGAGUCAGACCUAUGGUGACAUCACAGUUUCUGUCCAGAAAAUUGUUCAGACGGGUGCAUUUACCAUUCGGAGCUUCAGUCUCAAGAAGGUGCAGUCCACAGUGCAGAUGAUGGUGGAGCAGAUCCAUUACCUUCGAUGGCCGGACCAUGGAGUGCCAAAGAAAGCAUCAGACAUGGUGCAGCUUGUAGAAAUCAUGAAUAAGUGUAACCCACCAGGGUCGGGACCUAUAAUUGUACACUGCAGUGCUGGGAUUGGCAGGACAGGCACAUUCUUGGCACUGGACAUUCUCCUGAAGAGGGCACAUGCGGUGAAGAAGGUGAAUGUGUAUAAUUGUGUCUUAGAGUUACGGAAGAAGCGGGUGAAGAUGGUGCAGGAAAAGGAGCAGUACAUCUUCCUCUAUGACGUCUUGCUGGAAACUCUUCUGUGUGGGUCCACUAGUGUCCCCGUAGUGGAGAUUCAGAAGCAUGCAUGUUGUAUGUAUGUAGAAAACCCAACAACGCACAGGAAUGGGUUUGACAAGGAAUUCCAGGCCCUGGAGAAAAUCACACAAUUAUAUCAGAUCUAUCCAUGUAAAGAGGGGAAGAAGCUAGAAAACCAGACCAAGAAUCACACCACCGAUAUCCUGCCAGGUGAUCACUGGCGUCCCAUUCUCUUCUCCUCACUCACUAGAUAUGGAGCACCGGGCUACAUCAACGGCGUAUUUGUUAAUUCCAACAGCCAGGAUGAUGCCUUGAUCGUCACCCAACUGCCCAUGAAGCAUACACUGGCAGAUUUCUGGGCGUUGGCCUGGGACUACAGGUGUACGGCGGUGGUGAUGAUGCAGAGAGCGCAGGACCUACAGAAGAACGGUCUCAGGUUCUGGCCAGAGAAAGGAGAGACGACUUAUGGUGCCUUCAAAGUCAGAACAACGGAAAGGAAUCCAGGAAAUGGAUACACAGCCUCAACGCUCAACCUGAGGAGGAGUAAAGGGCCCUCUGAGGACAGCCUCGAGGUGAGACUGCUCCAGCUGGAUUCGUGGCCACUGGACCGAUCUCUUCCAGAGAAUCCGGCAGCCCUCAUCAGCCUGGUUGAAGAAGCAGAAAAGUGCCAAAAGCGAUCAUCAGGCAGCCACAUCAUGGUCACCUGCUGGUCAUCUUUUGGGUUGAAUGAUGCCCAGCCUCAUCUAACCGACUUCCAGUGGGCCCACGGUGUCAAGGACAACCUUUUUUUAACUCUUGGGGCAUGGAAGGUUUUGGAGGAAUUUACCAGGUCCUGGCCUCACGAAUGCCGAGAACCACUGAUCUUUGUAACGGAGAUGAACAAAGCAGACAUGUUUAACUAG